AACGUGUGCUCGAAGAAUUCGACACAAGUUCUAACCUACGGUUCGGCAAAACUCGAUAUCUGUGUUUUUUUGGGUGAUAGUAAAUAGUAAAUAUUUUAUUAUCGUCCGAGAGGAUAUCUCUCUGCCAAAAUGGUGAAAAUCAUCAUCAAUGAAACUAAUCGUCCAGUAGGAGCUCUUAUUACUUUGGAAUUAUUGGCAUCGAAGUUAGCUGGAAGUGUCGAAGUCACUUUCUCCAAAGAUUUUGCACCAAACGAGAAGUUAAAAUUCAUUGCCAAUGACGGUUCUGAUUUGGGAAAUAGAAGUUGUGAUGUUGCUCGAUACUUAGCCAGAUCAAAGGCUCCUGAACUUUAUGCUUGCCAAGAUCCUUUUGAAACCACUGAAGUUGAUCACUGGCUUAUGUAUGCUGAAAAACCCUAUAAUAAUGCAUAUAAUUCUGAAAAAGCAUUGGCAUACUUGGAAAAAGCUCUUGCAACCAGAACCUGGCUAGUAGCUAAAAAAUUCACUAUUGCUGACAUCUGUAUGUUUUCAAAAAUUCACAGCGAAUUUGACAUUGAUACGCUUACAGAAAAAUACCCUAAUAUUGCUAGAUGGUACAAACUGAUAGCCUCUAUGCCUGAAGUUGAAAAAUGCUUGAGUUCACUGCCUGGUGCAAAACCAAAAUCUAAGCCUGUAGUAAGAGUAGGUGGCAAAAGUAGAGCUGAAGCUCAAAAGAAUGCUAAGUCUUCCAACAAAGAGCAAGCCAAAUUUGUUGAACUGCCUGGUGCAGAAAUGGGAAAAGUUAUUGUACGUUUUCCUCCAGAAGCUAGUGGAUACUUGCACAUUGGUCACGCUAAAGCAGCUCUUCUAAAUCAGUAUUAUGCUCAGACUUUCCAAGGUCAGCUUAUCAUGAGAUUUGAUGAUACAAAUCCUGCUAAGGAAAAUGUUGAGUUUGAACAAGCCAUUUUAGAAGAUCUUAAAAUGCUUGAAAUUAAGCCAGAUAGAUUUACUCAUUCAUCUGAUUACUUUGAUCUGAUGUUAGAAUACUGUGAAAAAUUAUUGAAGGCAGGUAAAGCUUAUGUUGAUAAUACUCCAGCAGCAGAGAUGAAAGAGCUCCGUGAUCAAAAGUUACCAUCAGCAAAUAGAAAUAACUCUAUUGAGAAAAAUUUAGAGAUGUGGAAAGAAAUGGUCAAGGGUUCACCAAAAGGUCAAGAAUGCUGUGUGAGAGCCAAAAUUGACCACGAAUCUGCCAAUGGUUGCAUGCGUGAUCCAACCAUCUACAGAUGUAAACCAGAACCUCACCCAAGGACUGGCACCAAAUACAAGGUUUACCCAACUUACGAUUUUGCGUGCCCCAUCGUCGACGCAGUAGAAAAUGUUACGCACACGUUGCGAACAACUGAGUACCAUGAUCGGGACGAACAAUUUUACUGGUUCAUCGAACAUCUUGGUCUUAACCGUCCUCACAUUUAUGAAUAUUCUCGUUUGAAUAUGACCAACACCGUCUUAUCAAAGCGUAAAUUGACUUGGUUCGUGGCUGAAGGUUUAGUUGAUGGUUGGGAUGAUCCACGAUUCCCAACUGUGCGAGGUAUUUUGCGUCGGGGUAUGACGGUCGAGGGUUUAAAACAAUUCAUCAUCGCCCAAGGCAGUUCGAGAUCGGUAGUAUUUAUGGAAUGGGAUAAAAUUUGGGCAUUCAACAAAAAAGUGAUCGAUCCAGUUGCAUUUAGGUAUACUGCCUUAACAGCCGGCGAAACGGUAGUAGUAAACGUAAAAGGAGCUGAGGCAGGUGUCCUCACUGUUAACAAUCAUCCCAAAGACCCAUCAAAAGGAACCAAACAAGUGCGAAUUGGCCCACAAAUCUUAAUCGAAGCCAAAGAUGCACUAGAACUUAAAGAAGGCAGCAAUGCUACAUUUAUCAACUGGGGAAAUCUAAUGAUUGAAAAGAUUAACAAAGAAAAUGACAAAAUUGUCUCUGUUAACGCUUCUCUAAAUCUUGAUAACAAAGAUUUCAAAAACACCGUCAAAUUAACGUGGAUCAUCGCCGAUGAGCCUACGGAUGUUUAUAAAAAACCUGAAUCUACGACGAUACCCUGUUACACCGUCUACUUCGAACACAUCAUAACGAAACCAGUAUUAGCAAAGGACGAUGACUUCAAAGAUUUCAUCGCCAAAGAUACUAGGAGAGAAGUCGAAAUGGUCGGUGAGCCCGAACUUCGACGCGUGAAACAGGGAGAAAUUAUCGAGCUUCAAAGAAAAGGUUUCUUCAGGUGUGAUGUACCUUAUGGAGGUCCAAGCCCUUACUCUAACAGGGUACAACCACUAAUAUUGUUCCACAUACCUGAUGGGCGCAGCUCCGGCACUGCAUCAGCUGCAGUCGACAAAGCCUCCGCCAAAGACUCUAAAAAGUCUAAAGAGAGCUCUUCAUCAACAAAAUCAGCUGUUGAGUUACAUAGCCAAGUUACUGCUCAAGGUAACAAGGUCAGAGAUCUCAAAACUGCUAAAGCUGCCAAGGCUGAAAUUGACGCAGCUGUAAAGGAAUUGUUGGCUUUAAAAGCCCAGUUUAAAUCCGUUACUGGACAAGAUUACAAUGCCAAUGCACCACCUGCUGCCGCGACAAGUGCUGUUGUAAGCGACAAACCAAACGCCGCUGCUCUGAAUGAAUCGAUAAUCGCGCAAGGUAACAAAGUCAGAGAUUUGAAAUCUGCCAAAGCGGCCAAACCUGAAAUUGACGCUGCCGUCAAAACUCUUCUUAGUCUGGAAGCUGAUUACAAAUCGGCUACUGGCCAAGACUGGAAGCCUGGCACAGUACCACCUGCAGCUGCUCCUAAAGUCGAGGUUGCUAAAAGCACAUCAUCAGGUGAUGGUUCAGCGGCUGAAAUAAACGAAAAAAUUGUAGCUCAAGGCAAUAAAGUCAGAGAUUUGAAAUCCGCUAAAGCCGCCAAACCUGAAAUUGACGCCGCAGUCAAAACCCUUCUUAGCCUCAAAGCUGAUUACAAAUCGGCUACUGGCCAAGACUGGAAGCCUGGCACAGUACCACCUGCAGCUGCUCCUAAAGUCGAGGUUGCUAAAAGCACAUCAUCAGGUGGUGGUUCAGCGGCUGAAAUAAACGAAAAAAUUGUAGCUCAAGGCAAUAAAGUCAGAGAUUUGAAAUCCGCUAAAGCUGCCAAACCUGAAAUUGACGCUGCUGUCAAAACUCUUCUGAGUCUCAAAGCUGAUUACAAAUCGGCUACUGGCCAAGACUGGAAACCUGGCACAGUACCACCGGCAUCUGCUCCUAAAAUUGAGACUGCUACAAGCAUUUCGUCAGGUAGUGGAUCAGCUGCUGCUAUCAAUGAAAAGAUUGUGGCUCAAGGCAAUAAAGUAAGAGACUUAAAAGCUGCCAAAGCAGGAAAAGCCGAAAUCGACACCGAAGUCAAGACUCUUUUGAGCCUGAAAGCUGAAUACAAAUCAGCUACUGGUCAAGAUUGGAAGCCUGGCGCAGUACCACCAGCUACCCCUAAAGUAGAAGUUGCUCCCAAAAGUGAGCCUGCUUCUUCAGCAAGUGGAUCAGCUGCUGCCAUCAAUGAAAAGAUUGUAGCUCAGGGCAACAAAGUGCGAGACUUGAAAGCUGCCAAAGCAGGAAAAGCCGAAAUCGACGCUGAAGUCAAAACUCUUUUGAACCUGAAAGCAGAAUAUAGAGCAGCCACUGGACAAGAUUGGAAACCAGGUAUGGCUCCUACAGCUGCCCCUAAAGUCGAAGCGGCUCCAAAGAGUGAGCCAGCACCCUCUACUGGUGGAUCUGCUGCUGCCAUCAAUGACAAAAUUGUUGCCCAAGGUAAUAAGGUACGCGACCUCAAAGCAGCUAAAGCAGGAAAAGCUGAAAUCGACGCGGAAGUAAAAACUCUUCUGAGUCUCAAGGCUGAAUAUAAGUCAGCUACGGGUCAAGAUUGGAAACCAGGCACUGUAGCUCCUGCGGAUACUAAAGUAGAAGCUGCUCCAAAGAGUGAGCCAGCAUCAUCUGGUAAUGGACCUGCUGCUACCAUCAAUGAUAAAAUCGUUGCCCAAGGUAAUAAGGUUCGCGACCUCAAAGCAGCUAAAGCCGGAAAAGCUGAAAUCGACGCGGAAGUAAAAACUCUUCUGAGCCUCAAGGCUGAAUACAAAUCAGCUACUGGUCAAGAUUGGAAACCAAGCACAGCAUCUUCUUCGUCUGCCCAAGCUCCAGCUAAGAGUGAAGCUCCAAAGAAGGAAGCUGAACAGUCGAAGAAAAAAGCUAAGGCCAACAAAAAAGCUGAAGUGAAAGAAGAAGUUAGCAAAACUGGAACGAGGCUUGGCUUGGAGGCGAAGAAACUUGAAAACUUGCCAGAUUGGUAUUCACAAGUCAUUACCAAAGGUGAAAUGAUCGAGUACUACGACGUUUCUGGUUGUUACAUCCUCAGACCAUGGAGUUACGCCAUUUGGGACGUCAUAAAGGAUUUCUUCGAUCGGGAAAUCAAGAAACUUGGAGUACAAAACUGCUACUUCCCAAUUUUCGUCAGUAAAACCGUACUGGAAAAAGAGAAGACUCACAUAGCCGAUUUUGCUCCAGAAGUUGCCUGGGUCACCAAGAGCGGCGAAUCCGAUCUGGCCGAACACAUUGCCAUCCGUCCGACCUCUGAAACCGUCAUGUACCCCGCUUAUGCCAAAUGGCUUAAAUCGCACAGAGAUCUGCCACUCAAACUUAACCAGUGGAACAAUGUUGUGAGAUGGGAAUUCAAACAUCCUCAACCAUUCCUGCGCACGAGGGAGUUCUUAUGGCAAGAAGGUCACACAGCGUUUGCGACUAAAGCCGAGGCUGACGAGGAGGUGCUACAAAUUUUAGAUUUGUACGCGCGUAUUUACGAGGAAUACUUGGCCAUACCCGUAGUCAAGGGUCGCAAGACUGAAAAAGAAAAAUUCGCUGGUGGUGACUACACCACAACGGUCGAAGCAUUUAUAUCGGCAAGUGGACGUGCAAUUCAAGGCGGUACGAGUCAUCACUUGGGUCAAAACUUCUCGAAAAUGUUUGACAUUCAGGUCGAAGGUACUCAAGAGGGUAGCGAAAAGAUAUUCGUGUAUCAGAACUCUUGGGGUCUUACAACACGAACGAUUGGAGUUAUGAUUAUGGUUCACGGAGAUGACAAAGGUCUUGUUCUUCCUCCUAAAGUAGCUAGCAUUCAAGCGGUAAUUGUUCCUUGCGGUAUAACUGCCUCUACAACCGAAGAGCAGAAAAACAAACUCAUGUCUGAGUGCAAUAUAUUAGAAAACGAACUCAAAAAAGAUGACGUGAUGAGAAUAAAGGGUGACUACAGAGACAAUUACAGUCCUGGCUGGAAAUUCAAUCACUGGGAGCUCAAGGGUGUACCAGUCAGAAUUGAAUUGGGACCUAAAGACUUGGAAAAGGGACAAGUAACCUUUGUUAGAAGAGAUACAGCUGAACGAACAACUGCUAAGAGGAGUGAAGCUUAUUCCAUGCUUUUGAAAUUGCUGGAUGAUAUUCAAAUGAGCUUGUUUGAAAAAGCAAAAAUGGAUUUGAAACAGCACACAAAGCAAACCCAUGACUGGAAUGAAUUCUGUAGCUACCUUGACGAAAAGAAUGUCAUUCUUGCUCCAUUCUGUGGUAGAAUAGAAUGUGAAGAAAAGAUAAAGGCUGACAGUGCAAGAUCCGAUGAAGCUGACGACGGUGCUCCAGCUAUGGGCGCUAAAGGAUUGUGUAUACCAUUCAAUCAACCUGAUGGAUCUGCGGAAAACAUCAAAUCUUUGAAAUGCAUUCACAACAGCUGCUCUGAGACACCAAAGUUUUAUACUCUGUUUGGUCGUAGUUACUAAAUGAUUAGAUACAAUUUUAUUCAUGUUGAAUUUGAAAUGAAACAAUGUAACAUAAAAUAUUUUACAAAUGCUUUUUU